AAUAACAGUCGGUAAGACAGCUGAGUGAGAGAGCGCGAGAGAGGCUCAGAUCCAGAGAGGUAACGUAGUGAGAGAUCUAAAGCCUUCUCCCUGGAGCUUAUAGCGUGCUACCUGGACUACAUACGUGUUUUUCAUCGCUUCACAAUCAAAGACUGUUAGUAUUUCUGUAGGAUUGCGACCUUGGCGAGUGCCUGGAUAGGCCUCCCUUCUGUCACCUCCUCUGCUUUUCUGCUGUGCAGCAAUCUGGGUGUCCUGGUGAGCUCAAGAUCUCGUGUGAUUCUCCUCUGGGCUGCUGGAUUGGGGUGUGGGACAUUCUUGGUUCACUGUUUUCUGGUACAUUGUCAUGGGGAACCUCCUUAAAGUUUUGACAUGCACAGAUCUUGAACAAGAGCCCAACUUCUUCCUCGAUUUUGAAAAUGCCCAGCCAACAGAAGCAGAGCGGGAAACGUGGGAAGAAGUGGAUGUGGUCCUGAAGGAUGCACUGGGAAUACUUGACGAACUACAGGCAUAUAAAGGCGCGGGCCAAGAGAUACGAGAGGCAAUUCAGAACCCUAAUGACGAGGCAUUACAAGACCAGGCGUGGGCUGCUGUGGUGCCACUAGUAGGCAAACUAAAGAAGUUCUACGAAUUUUCACAGAGAUUAGAAGCAGCGCUGCAUAGUCUAUUGAGAGCACUCACUAGUGAGACAUACGAUGACCCCACACAGCAUCUGGAGAGAGAGCAAGCCCUCGCCAAACAGUUCGCUGAGAUCCUGCACUUCACACUGCGCUUUGAUGAGCUCAAGAUGACAAAUCCUGCCAUUCAGAAUGACUUCAGUUAUUACAGGAGGACCCUGAGCCGCAUGAGGAUCAAUAAUGUUCCUGCAGAGGGAGAAAACGAGGUGAAUAAUGAGCUGGCCAAUCGGAUAUCUCUAUUUUAUGCUGAUGCCACACCCAUGCUAAAGACAUUAAGUGAUGGCACAACAAAAUUUGUAUCUGAGAAUAAAAACUUGCCCAUUGAAAACACAACAGAUGUAUUAAGCACCAUGGCGAGCGUGUGCAAAGUUAUGUUGGAAACCCCAGAGUAUCGCAGCCGCUUCAGCAGUGAGGAGACUGUUUCUUUCUGUCUGCGUGUCAUGGUGGGGGUCAUCAUCCUCUACGACUACGUCCAUCCCGUCGGCGCAUUCGCGAAGUCCUCCAAAAUAGACAUGAAAGGCUGCAUUAAAGUGCUCAGAGAUCAGCCACCAAACAGUGUGGAAGGUCUUCUAAAUGCUCUCAGGUACACAACAAAACAUCUUAAUGAUGAGUCAACCACUAAGACCAUUAAAAGCAUGCUGCAGUAGCAACUAAACUCUGGGACACACACACCACUGGCCUCAAGCAAUUGCUCAGGAGAUGCACAUACACUCUCUCUCCUGGACUAAAGCGAUGC